CUUUAGGGGCUAAGCUUGAGCAUUGCCUCGCGCUGGCGAUUUGCGGCGAUUUGCGGGGGCGAUGGGCGGAACAAGCUCACAACCGAUCGAUGUACGCGUCACUGACAGGAAGAGUCUCACCAAGGAGCUAUGCCUGCGACGCAAGGACUAUGAAUCCAUGCAGCACAGGUAUUAUGUUGAUGAGCUGACCAACAGUCACGAGAACAGCAGAAGCAGGAUGGCCGAGCUGCUCCACAAGGCCGCCAUCCGAGACCCGGAGAUCUGCCGGGGCGGGGAAAACUCGCAGGUCUUUAUGGAGGCCAGCAUGCUGCCCUUGGUCAUCUCCUUUCUCUUCGGCGGUGCUCUGAUCCGCUGCUUUGAGGUUUGCCCCUUGUGGUUUGUGGUCUACUAUAAGACGCUGGACCAGGUUUUCUCCAAGAUCGACAAGGAGUUCAAGUCGUAUUAUGGCACGUCCUUGCACCUGGAGUAUGCGCGAACGGAUUGGUCACCUGUGCACGUGGCAGAGGCUGGCAUACGAAUCGACCGGAUCCUGAUAGCACGGGUGACCAGCCAUCACGUGAACCACUGUGCCAAGGUCUCUUAUGGCUACGCAUACAAGAGUGGGCAGCUUGCGGAUGAUGAGAACUUGAAGAAUCGGGAGGACAAGACCGACCCGUUUGAGUGUUCCUUCAAGUUCGACACCUUCACAAGAGGCAGAUCCCGGUCCUUUUGGAUCCACAAGGACAUUUGUCGCUUCCACGGUGACGAAACACGGGUAGCAGCCACGCAGAAUAUUACUCCAGUGUGCGUCAACGACCGAAUUGAGAUUGCUGUAAACCUCUUCAACGCUAUGGGCUUGGUUGACGUGGAUAGGGUCCGCUGGCGUCCCAUGGAGAUCUUCCCAGUCCAGGAGCGCGAGUGCCCAAUCGAGCAGGAGCUCUUCGACUGGUAUGACCUGGACUCCUUCCAGUCGCAGAGCGUCGAGAGGUUGCAGAUUCCCGAUUUCUUCAGCCCGCAGCUGACGCAUGUCUCUACCGAGUACGCGGGAAUCGAUGUGGCUGUGAGUCGCACCAGGCUGCGGGCGGAGACCCAGGGAGUAGUGCCCCAGGCUGACCGUAUUUUGGGCUCGAGAUUUGAGGUGUUGCCCAGGAGCAGCCCGAUUAUCCUUCCACUGAAGCGAGUCGGUCUUCAACACGACCGCUUCACCAAGAUCCAGUUGCGCCAAGGAGACUCAAUCCUACUGUACAUCAGCCAAGGUGGCAAGAUGACAUGAAGAGGAUUUGAGCGCAGGAUUCUGACGGUUCGCAUUGCUGGCUUCGCAGCUUGCGACCAGGCAGAGAAGGUGACAUAUGAUAAUCUGCUAAGCUUUACGCGCCCUUUGGCCGAAGCCGCGAAAGGACUUGCCAUUGAAUUCGGGGGUUGAUCAGCCUUCUACAAGAAUCCACGAGCUUCGAAGGCAUGAUCAACCCUUUUGCUCGUGACCGGGCAGGCAAGGUGAGCCCUGCACAGCGUCACAGAGUGGUGUCCCACAACACAUGGUCCACUGCAAACGACACUGUGAAAUUCACCUUGAGAACAUGCCGAAGAUUUGUUGUUGUUGUGACUGCA